AUCCAGAUGCGCCAAGUCCUAGCGAGCCCUACAUGAGAGAAUGGGUGCACUGGAUUGUGGCCAACAUUCCUGGAGGUACCGAUUCUGGUCAAGGAACAGAGAUAGUGCCAUACAUGGCGCCAUGCCCAGCUGUUGGAAUUCACCGUUAUAUUCUAGUACUAUUUAGACAGUCCAUAUAUGUGGACCAAACUAUUGAGAAGCCAAAUAUCAUAACCAGAGCCAACUUCAACACUAGAGCUUUCUCUCAUCACCUAUCCUUGGGAAUUCCGGUUGCAACUGUUUACUUCAAUGCACAAAAGGAAUCCAUCAAACAACGAAAGAAUGUCUAAGUUAUUUCAUCUUCUCCUUGAAUAAAUAUAUAUAUUAUCAUGCAUGAACCUAAUUACUAUAUAAAUACAUAUCUAUCCAUCACUCUAUCUAUCCAUAAUCAAUCUAUCUAUAAAAAUAAGAACAUGUAUUUGAUCAUCUAAAGUGCAAUUUUAUAUACAUUUCGCUUUUGUCUUUAAUAGUUCUGUGAUGUGCUUACUUAUUUAGUAAAAU